CCAGAGAAAGAGCGCCGGACUCCUCACGCGGGGCUGCUGCGCCCUUUCCCUCUUGACCCUCACCUCUCAUCAUGCCUCCCAAACUUGAUCCCUGCCGUCACGAUGCAGCGUUUGCCAAGCUUUGCUUCAUUGGACAGCACACGCCGGCUCUGACUGGUCUGUUCGACGUCGACGACGCAUCUGUGACCUACCGGCCGCGCAAAGGCUCUCUUCCCGCGUUCCCGCCCGAGGCGCUUGCGAGUGGAGAGGCCUACCGCCGCACCUUCGACGAGGCCAUGGACGCCCAGCCUGUACUGGCAGCAGCAAUAGCCGCCGCUACAGCUGCCAAGGCAGGCCCGAUCCCCGACAACAAGCUCGGCUCGCCUGCAUCCUACCUUCCGCUCAUCUCGCGGACGCAGCUGAUCAAGAUGGCCGGCAAGCUGCCACCGGGCACUCUGGGCGCAUGCGUUUACGUGGUCCCAAGGCCCGGCGGCGGCUUCUACCUUGGGCAGACGGGCAACGCCUACGAUCGCUCCAAGGGCCACGCAACUGCACUGCGCAAAGCCUUCUCCUCGGCAGUGCGCCGCCAACAUCGCCUCGUGCCGUUCUUACUCCCGACUCAGCUCAAGACGGUGAAGACGAGGCUCUUCAACAUGCUCUUCCUCGAGCAUCUCGUGAUCCUCUUCAGCGGCGCGACACUUCAAGAGACCGGCGGCGCCAACCGUCGCUGCGUGGACUUCUCUCACGGCCGCCUUUUCACUGGGCCCCUCAACAAGCUGCUGUUUCGAGACCUGUACAUGUCCACGUUCAACAAGGUCUGCAAGACUGGCCACAUGCUGAAUGCCGCAGAGCGAAGUCGCUAUGGGGUUACGGUCAGCAGCCAGGCGAUGCGCGCAAUCUUUCAUGGUCGGUAUUACCAGGCUUACACGCAGGGCCUGCCGCCACAGGACAAGGCAUACGCGCAGUACGCUUUGCACCUGGACGAGAGAGCAGAACUUCGCGAGUUCAUGCGGCAGUCGGAAAUUGAGGAGGCAAAGAAGGCCGGCGCUUCGAAGCCGCGCCUAUACGGGGCCGCUCGGCGGGAAGCCGAGGAGGCGGAGAUGAAGGCCUGCGACCGGAUCAUCGACUCGCGAGACUCGACGCAGGACGAGAAGCGCGAGGCGAUGAGGAAGAUCGUGGCUCAGGGAGAGCGCGACGAGCGCGAGGCGCGAUUCAUCGCGCGGCGCGAUGCGCGCGAGGAUCCGGUCCAGCGCCAGCAGCGCCACGACGAGAUCGCCGACGAGAUUCGGCGUGCUCCGGAGCGGGCGGAGAUGCGGCGGAUCAUGGCUCAGGAACGGCGUGUAGAGCAGAACAAGGAGGCAGAUCGCCGCCACAAAGCGAAGAAAAGGGCAGAGCGCCUGGCCGGCCCGUCCCGCUGAGAUUGUCCGCCGCGAGCCUCGCGCAAGCUGAAGCCACGUCCGACACCGCCGGUACUUCUCUCUCUUCCCGUUUCCUUCUCGUCCGCAGCACACGACCGUGCGCCCCGUGUUCUCGUCACUAGCACAUGCUUCUGCACUCGUCGAUCAAGGAGUGGGCAGACGUGGGCAUGUCUCGCCAGUAAUCGCAGUUUCUUCCUCUC